AUGGGAGAUUCUUUGAGAUGUCGUAUUUGCCUGUUAGAAAGAGAACCUCUCAUUUCUCUGGAGGAUGAGGGUAACAAACUGAAAUUCAAAUUAGAAAUUAUUAUUCCCGAACUGGAAUGGCAAGAAACCUUCCGUGUAUGUGAUGCGUGUUCGAAGGAGUUAGAUGUAGCUUUCAAUUUUCGAACAAAAUGUUUACAAUCGUAUGAGAAAAUUUUAGCUUCUGUAGAUGAUGAGAGCGAAAAAGAUGACGAGGUCAUAAAGGAAGAAUGUGAUAGCAAUGACAACACCGAUCCUUCGUCUCCCAUACCCGAAUCUGAUAGAGAAAAUGAUGAGGCAGACAUUAACUACAAAAUUAAAAAUGAUGAUAAACAAAUUGUAAAAACUAGUAAAAGAAGUAAACAGAAGAAGAUUAGUAUAGAAACUCCUAAGCGUACUAGAAUCAGAACUACCUUAUAUACUUGUCAGGAGUGUGAGUUCACAUGUAAUAAUACAACAAAGUUGAUCAAACACUGUGAAGAAACCCACAAUAUGUCUAAAAAACUCAUCAAACCUUAUUCAUGCCCAAAAUGUGAAAAGAGAUUCAAGACUUCAACCAACUUAAAACAACAUUUGAAAUACCACAAGGGCACACGCUCCGAAAUAUGCACAUACUGCGGCAAAGGAUUUAUUACAAAACCUGAUUUAUUCGUACACGAAAAAAUUCACUUCAAUAAAAAAACCUAUUCUUGUGAGAUUUGCCACAAGAGUUUCAAUACCCAUAAGAAUUUAGGCACUCAUAAGCUUAUUGUUCACACUGAUCCUAGUUUAUGGAACUACGUAUGCAAUUUCUGCAAUAAAAGAUUUCCCCAAAAAUCCAACAUGACGGCCCAUGUGAGGAGGCACAAAGGUGAAAAGUUAUUUGAAUGCCAUUUGUGCCAGAAGAAGUUUUACGAAAAUGGAACCCUGAAAAAGCAUAUUGUUACACAUUCUAACGUGAGAAAUAACAGAUGUAGCGAAUGCGGCAAAGAAUACAGGGAGAGGAGAGUGAUGGAAAUUCACAUGGCGAAAGUACACGGGAUAGGGGAUGUUGUGAUACCCAUUAGAACUAAAAAAUUUGUGUGUCAUAUAUGUUCCAAGGCAUAUUAUGAUAGGAAUAAAUUAACAAGGCAUCUAUAUACUCAUACUGGUGAGAAACCGUUCCGUUGUGAAGUUUGUGAUAAAGGUUUUAUCGACAAAAGUUAUUUAGCGAAUCAUGUUAAGAAUACUCAUAUGAAUAAGUCUGUUACUUCUGUUUCCAUUCCAGUGCAAGUUUAG